ACGGGUGAAUGUAGUACCCACAUUGUUUCUCUUGUGAAGUGUCUAUCAACGAUACCUUAAUAAAAAAGAAAAAAAAAGUUCACAUUAUACCAAUUGACUUUUAUGAAAGACUUAAAUGCUUUUCUUUUCCUUUUCCUGUUUCUUUUUCGCUGUCUCACCAACGGGUCUUGUGCUACCUGGUGCCCGCGGCGGCCGCGCUAGUCGAACUGGCUAGGGGGCCGCCGCAGCCAGGGGGGGGCCUGAGCCGCGAGCCCCGCGCUGCCUGCCAUUCGCGCGCCGUCUCCCGGCAACGGGAGCGCGCGCCGCCAGCGCACAAUUCCCGCCAGCGCAUAAUGCACGCCCGCCUCUAGCCCCGGCGCGCUAGCGCAGGCAGGCAGUCUGGAGGAGAGAGCCGCGGAAGCCGCUCGCCCGCCGGACAGAGAUCGCUCGUAGCUUCAAAUGGGAGGAGUUUUGAGCAAGCUCCGCUCCCCGCAGCCCGCCCCCAAUCCGGAAGCAAGGAGACGGCGCCCACCCGCGCGCCGGGCCUUCCUCGCAAGCCACCCCCGCCCCACAAGCCCCGCCCCACCUUCCCCCUGGGCCCGCCGAGAUCCCAUUCAGCCCUCAGUCCCCACUCGUUUCGUCGGGUCCCGUCGGAGGCCUUCCCACCGGGUCUGUAGGACUUCACCACACCACUUUGGCAUAACAUGUCCAAGACGAUACCCAGUCCAGCAGGGCCGGUAUUCCUGUGUGCUUCCCACGCUGUGCCGGAAUGGCGGUCACAGGAAGCGUGUGCUGUCUCGCGGUCAUUCCAGAGUGGUGUGCAGGCCUUCGACAGUGAGGAUCGCUCCUCCCGGGAGCAACCUGGCUCGUUUUCCAAUAGCAGUGCAGAUCCCUAAGGCCCCAGACCCGUGGUCAAAGGAGGCUGUUCUGCUUGCCCUCGAAUGUUGGAAGAGGAAGAAAAGGACAGUGGAGGAGGAGGAAGACCAAACAUCUGCUGCUGGUCAGGAGGAGAAAAGAAGGUGCCAUAACAGCAGUGGCAGUGGCCAUUCAGCUUUGAAGCCCGAGGUGGCCAAUGGAGUCCCUGCUGCUUUUGUGCCUGAGCCUGGGCCUCUGAAGAGAGACCUCAGUUCCCAGAGCUCAGAUGGUGAACUGCAUAAGAGACCCUGCUCCUCUGCUGUGAGCUGCUCGAAGGGCACAUGCGCAUGUGGCAUCCGUAUGUCCAGCCGCAAUGCCAUUACCAGUUCCUACACUUCUACUGGAGGCAUCUCUCAGCUCUGGAAGAGGCGUCCCAGUGCCUCACCCUUCUCCAGCCCAGCCUCCUCCUGCUCACAGACACCAGAGUGUCCAGAAAAGAAGAUGAGAGAAGAGGACGGUCCUCAGGGAUCUGGCUCUUCCGCUCCGCCGGUAAACAAGGAGUCCCAGGGAGAACAGAGUAAGUUGAUGAACGCGUGGCAUGUGUUGGUGGUAUUGUAUGGAGGGCGCAUGGACCACAACCCACUGGAAACACAUACUGAAUCCACAGCCUCUUUCUUGGGGCUGACCCCUGCCUCUCCCGCAAUACCAGCCAGUGACGCCACCAAGUCACCUCCAGCCUCUCAGGCUGAGACAUCUGCCAAACCCCAGGCCCCGCCUGCCCCGGGCCCCACCCUGAAGCCCAGUGUUCUCUUUGGAAUGCUGGGCAGACCACCUGCUAACCCUUCUGCCGCAGCAGCUCCUGCUGUGUCUUCAGCACAUCCCAUGUUCAAGCCCGUCUUUGUGGCUCCAUCUAAAAGUGGGAAGGAGGGUCCUGUGCCAUCCAGCCGUUCCCAAGUCACAACGGAGGCAUCUUCCAGCUCUGUGAACACCCCGACUACCAGCAGACUGCCCCUCCCUUUCAGUCCUGUUUUUAGCAGCACAGGGCUACCUACAUCUUUGCCCUUGUCAACUCCUUCCUCCUUCAGUCAGACAACUACUUCAGGCACUAGCACGAAUGCCCCUCUGUUCCCUGGCCGGGCCAGUGUCAGCGUCCCCUCAGCAGCGGCUUGGGGGACCACCACCGGCACAGCCGCAGACUCCGCCCGGAAGCCUGUCUUUGGCUCUGGUGUGAGCGAUGUGACCAACACUGUGAGCAGCAUGACCAGCCCCACUGCUUCCACUGCCCAGCCUGUCCUCUUUGGGUCCCCCCUUGCCUCUGCUGAGUUCUGCCCAGCCAUGGGCUCCAUACUCCAGUUUGGCACUCUGGCCACGCCUGCUCCAACAACAGCCAUCACCUUCAGCCAGUCCCUGCCCGGCGCCGUCCAGACAGCUGCUAGCAGCAGCACAGCCAGUUUCGGUGGCUUCAGUGGCACCCUCACGACCUCCGCCCCCAUCGCCCCGAGCCAGCCUGCUCUGACAUUUAGCAGCAGUACCACCCCAGUCUUCAACAUUCCCUUUAGUUCCGGCACCAGGCCCCCCGUCCCAUCCUAUCCCGGAGUCACCCCACAGCACACGUUUGGAGCCACUGACAGACAGCAGAUGUGGACUGCCAGCCAGCACUGGACCCCAGCUUCGGCAGCUCCUUUCCUUUCGGAAGCCCAGCCAGCCUUUGGCAGCACUGUGUGGUCAGGUUUUCGUGGGUUGAAACCCGCAGCCCCUCUUUUUGGCACCAUCUCCAGCACCCAGACAGCCUUUGGCAGCAUCACAGCUUCCCUUUCUAUUUGGUAA